AUGAUUGCAAUUUUUUUGCGUGUGAUUACUCUAUACUUCUUAUGUGGGAGUGUAAUAGGCCAGACAGAAUCAUUUAUAAAGCGCAUUGGAGAUGUAAUUUGUCCCGCUAGUCAAGCUAAUAAAGGCGCAGAAGACGAUAACUACAAAUAUCGAAUCGUUGGUGGUGAAGAAAUCCCCAUCGUCUAUGCUCCUUACCAAGUAUCACUUCGAGAUAACAAUUAUCAUUUUUGCGGGGGUACCAUUAUCAAUCACAACACCAUCGUCACUGCUGCCCAUUGUAUCGUAGCCGCAAAGGGAGACCUUAGCAUUCGUGCUGGAUCUAAUAAACUUAAAACCGGAGGUAUUGUGGUCCCAGUUUUGUGGACAAUACAUCAUCCAUUAUACAAUCCCAACAACUAUGACUACGAUGUAGCAGUUUUGAAGUUGAGAGGCAACCUUACUUAUAGUAGAACUAUACAACCCAUUCGUCUGGCCAAACACACAACAAAAUGGGCUGUAAAUACGGCCGCAAAAGCAAGCGGAUGGGGAGUGCAACAUGAAGACCAUCCUUAUAGCAAGAUGUCUCCUGUAUUGCAGGUCGUAGUUCUCUUUAUUCUGGACAUAAGGGUGUGUCAGAGUGUGUAUGGAAGCCAGAUGAUAACUAGUCGUAUGUUGUGCGUUGGUAGAAAUGGGAAAGAUUCGUGCAAAGGGGAUUCUGGAGGACCUUUAGUGAUUAAUGAAGUUCUUGCUGGAAUAAUUUCUUUUGGAGCUGGAUGUGCUAGACAUGGAGUGCCAGGAGUUUAUACCAAUAUUGCAGCAGUUAGAGAUUUUAUAGAGAAAGCGGCAAAGGCGAAUGUGUACUUUACAUAA